AUGGAUCUACUGGACGCCAUUGAAGAGCUAGAGGAGCCAACGAAUGCUCUCCACUCAGUUCAACCAACAUUUGACUUUGUCGAGCGUCAAGUUUUGUUCGUACAGCAGAAAUUGCGUGACUUUUGGCGGAAAAAGCAUGACAGGAGUGCCGAUCGACCAUGUAUUCCUUUUUAUUGGGUCUUUUCCAAAUUAUUGCGUUUAAUUGAAGAAUAUCCAGCUGGUUUGACGGAAGCUGUAAUUAUUACGGAAUUGACAAAAUUAUUAAAACAAAAAGAAGACGAACAUUCCGAGAAAAAGACGGGAACGUUAUUGAAAAAGAGGAAAAUUCAACAUGUCGAAGCCAUGGAAGACUUAUUAUUUGAAGAUAAACAGAAAGUUCUACACGCUAAAGUGAUAGAUUAUGGAAACCAUCGACUGACAUUAGAGAUGGAAAAUGCCACAGAUGUGACAAUUUACAUGUAUUUGCAUCAGCGAUUCCGGUCCUGUGUUGAUUUUAUACAGGAAAUGUUGCAACAUGAACCUAUUGGUGGUGCUACGUUCCCUUUUCAAACUGGUUGUGAAAUUUCGUUUACCAAUGCCAAACUUUUGGAGCGAAAGGAAGUGGAUAGGAGACUGAUGGAUGAAGAAAACCAUCGAGUUAAGUUUACGUUACUACCAACUGCCUUUUUGACGAUACGACUGGAUGAAGAUAGAAUGCUUGAUCGAAAAUUGUUAGCUGACGCCAUUAGUUUGAGUCAGGUGGAUCAGUUGGUUGGAGAAGUUCAAGAUCCAACUGUGAUUCAACUGCUGAUGCCGACGGCAAAAGUGCUCGAUAUUGGUGCUAUUCGACCGUACCAAGUGGCGCUCAGUCGCCUGUUUUGCGUUGGCGACACUCUUACAAUCUUUCAUCCAUUCGUGCAUGUAUGCGACCAACACGACACGGAAAUUCUGCACGUUUUGAACGAGUAUUCGUCCCAGCAACGGUUAACAUACUACUUCGAGUAUGGUAGUGCGACCGUGCUGUUUAGCAAGUCAUGUCGAGUAUCUGCCAUGAAUAAUUCCACCAAGACAUCAGCGAUUCUUCAAGAAUACGGCGAGAUGGAACGACCCUUAUCUCACUUGGACGAAAUCAAACCAGGAUGGCAUGACUUCUCGCUAUAUGCUCAUGUGCGAAGCAUUAAAGUUUCACACGGCAUCCCGCUACUUGCAGCUUUCUUCUACGCGUACUACGACCCAAAGACAAACCAACCGGGGGCUAUGAAUGCAAAAAUGCUGCUCCCACCGCCUUUGGACCACACGAUAGUGUCAAGGUACUAUCUGGUCGUGAUGCUGCAAGUUUACAUCGCAUCUUCGACACGUUUGCUGACGAUUGAGGUCACUGGUGAGAAUGCAUUGGCGGCAUUACGUCUUCUUCCAGGACAAAGUGUCUUUUUCGAUGGCCUUAUGGCCAUCGAUAUGCAGUCGAAGCCGGUACGCCGAGAACGAGGACUCAUGCCAAUUGCUUCAGCUUCAACAACCAAAGCUGAAUAUGCAUUUCCAACGAAAGCGUACAGCACAUCUUCGUCAUCCGGUGUUGUAGUGCUAUGUUCAGAUUGGGAGAGCAUCUUUGGGAAACAGUCGCUCUUCAACAAGAGCUCCAACCUCACAACAGUGAAUACAACUCCGGGUCUCCUAAACACUGCACUCGACCGCUCUGCAACACUUUACAACGUUGCAGCACACGCACUAUCUCUCGUCGAAAUGACGGUGUCAGGAAUUGGCUGGUUGAUUCCGAGCGACAAUCUCGGAGUACAAGGUUUUACAAUGGACACAACCUGCGAGAAGGGCCAUGCGACCACAUGUGCCCACAAGUCAUGUUUCCGUACAUUAGAGAUGAUGACUAGAGAACAGCAAACAAGUGGUUUACGAAAGUGGAAGUGUGUCUUUUGCCAAGAGAUAUUUUUCGGAUUGCAAGACACGGUGCAGACCUACAGUGAUUUGGUGGUAAUUCUCCAGAAUGGUCGAUCAAAGACCUCGCCAUUGGUGGUACUUUGUCACGGUGAAACAGUGGAAAGUUUGCUCGGUCUGCGUGCUGAAGUUUAUGUGGAAUUGCCAUUAGCAGAAAAACGCAAGACAUUGGAACUUAUAACGGGUACUUCGUUUCGACUUCUACUUUCUCGAUGUGAACCUCGUCACAUAUCGAUCCCAACCACCUCAUCUCGAAUUACUACUUUGAUUAUUCACUUACGCAUUGAUAUUUUACAGCCCAUUAAUACUUUUGCUGCAGCUCACCAUCUGCUCUCGAAACUACAGUAUAGAAUGUAG